AUGAGACGCCCAGGAUCGGUUUAAAGGGCCCCCCCCUCCGGCCCUACAAAAGGUGCUGCAGGCGCCCUGCCAGGCCAGCCGGGCGGAUGGGGCGGUAGCAGGAGGCGUGGAGUGUGUCUGUACCAGUUCAGACAGGUGCCCCCCUGGGGACGCCACCCCCAGCCCGCACCUCUCUGCGAAGUGGGAGUGGAGGGAGCGUGUCCGCAGAGGAUGCCCAUCCUCGUCUCGCCCGACAUCGCUGCCCGGUUCAAGGAGAAGUGGUUGCUGCUGCACCCCGAGGACCGGGACAAUGUGGGUGGGGCUGUGACCUUGGAUGACAGCCUCACCAGCCUGCAGUGGCUCCAAGACUUUUCCAUCAUCACUGCUGAUCCGGAGACACCACCUGUUCCCAGCCACCCUCUCCACCAGCCUCCCCAGCAGCUCUUCCAAGGGUCCGAGGCCCCGGCCAGCCCACCGGCAGGAGACACUGCGGCCAAGGGGAUGCCCCCGCGUCUGGGCAAACCCACUUCCGCAGCCACCUCCCCUGGCACCAGCUACCUGCCUGGCCUUGGCGCUGCAGAGAUCGAUUACAAGAGCAACCCUGGGGUGAAGCCCCCUUAUUCCUACGCCACCCUUAUCUGCAUGGCUCUGCGGGCCAGCAAGCAGGCCAAGGUCACCUUGUCAGCCAUCUACAGAUGGAUCAUGGAGAACUUCUGCUACUACCGGCACGCUGAGCCCAGCUGGCAGAAUUCCAUCCGGCACAACCUGUCCUUGAACAAAUGCUUCCGGAAAGUGCCGCGGCAGAAGGACGAGCCAGGCAAGGGGGGCUUCUGGGAGAUCGACCCGCAGUACGCUGAUAUGUUCGUCAAUGGUGUUUUCAAGCGGAGACGGCCGCCGGCUGCGCCCUACAGCCUGCCACGGCAGCGCCCCGCCGUGCCUGCCCUGGAGGCAGGGUGCAGCCUCUGGUCCCCCAUGCCCCAUCUGGGGGAUGGGCAGCCAGGGCACACCCCUCACCAGGCUGCCCACCGCCCGCUGCACCAGCAUGGCCAACGCUGCCCCCUGCUGGAUGCCCCCAGCCCUCUGCCGAAGCACAGCUGCCUGGCAGCCAGAACUGCCCAGUCCCCUCUGCUGCCCUCUAGUGGCAGAGAUGCAGAAGCCCUGCGAGGAAAUUUCGACUGGGCCGAUGCCUUUGACGAUGUCUUAAGGGGAAACAGCAGCAAUUUCGAGGACCUGGAUAUUAACGCAGCGCUCAGCUCGCUGGCCACAGAGGUGGACCUUGCCAUGCAAGGCAGGUACAUACCCCUUGCCAGCAAGUGGGGCACCCCGGCUACCAAUCAUCCAAGCCCAGGGGCUUCCCACUGGGAGGAUUUCACCCCCUUCGCUGACACCCCCCACCACCCCUGGGAGGAGGCGAGGGGGGAGGUGCUCGGCAACCCCUGGGGCUUUGAGCAGGGCUUCAACUUCUGUGAUGGCUUCCUCAGCGAGACUCAGCCCUGGGACAAAGUCGACACCUUCAUGUGAUUUUCCCCCUCUCUUCUCUGGGGCUGCUGCCCCUCUCCUACCCCCUGGCAUGAAAGUAGGCUGAGUCCCUCCUGCUCUCCCAAGCACUCUAUGGGCAAGGCCCUGUCCUUCCCUGACUGCCAGCGCUUGUGGCUUCCUGAGCCCUUGGGCAGGGGUCACGUUAGGAGUCCGUCUCUUUCCCCCCCCACACCCCAGCAAGCUGUAAUGUCCCAGACUGGCGACUCGGCUGGGCAGUGACUGCUGCAGGGCAGGGCAGGCCAGACCCUGACCCUGAGCUGCAGGAGGCUCCGUGCCUCAUCAUGGCCCCCAGGCUGCGGGGGGGGGGCAAGGGGGCAGCAGCUAUGGGACAGGGACCAUUGGGGAGGCACCUGAGGAAGCUGUGGGGGAGGGGAAGGGGUGGACAGGAGGCUUGGAGGGAGCUCCGUGGAUGGUGGCGUGCCCGUAACACGCCAGGACGGUCCAGGGCAGGAGGGAAGAGCUGGCACCAGAGUUGCAUAGCCUGCCCCAGCAACACCGCUCUGGGUGACCUGCUUCCUCGGGCUGGGAGUGGCCUCUCCUGGGAUCGCCCCAGCCUGGCAGAGGGAGGGGCUAGGAGGGAGCAGCCAUGCCAUGGCGUGAGCCCUGCUGCCAGGACCCAGGUAUUCGCCGAGUGGCACAGAGACCCGGCCGCUUCUCCUGCUGGGAGCUGCUGAUGCCCAGCCAGGGAGGGGCAUGAGCCGGCAGUGAAAUCCCCUCCUGCACUCGCCCAUUGUGGUAGCUGAGCCUUGAGCUGCAGGUCUGCCAGGCAAACCAAAGGAGCCUCCCUUGGCUGCGUGGCUCCAAGCCAGGGCUGGCUGCUCUGUGCCUGCAAGGGAAGCACCUGGCUCUGCAGCAGGGCCCCAGCCAGCUUCACUGCUUGCCUCUCCCCAGGAUCACUGGGCCUCAUCUGGGCUGGCUGCUAGGCAUGGCAGCCUCCCCUCCCCCUCAGGGCGAAGAUGGCAGAGGUCAGCCUGCCUCGGGAGUGGCCAGUGCUACCCUUUGGAGCAGGGAGCCAGCGAGGGGCAGAGGCAAAUGGGCCAGCAGGGUCCUGUUCCCUCCCGCCUCUGCCAUUAUCCUGCACUGUGACCUUGGGCAAGUGCAGCUUGGUGCCUCAGUUUCCCCAUCUGUGAAAUUAGGAGAAUGAUGCUGGCCCCCCUUGUCACACACACGUGAGUGACAUUGUUACUGUCCAGCUUGCCCCACAGGGCCAGGCUGGCACUGCCCCACCUCAGCAGAGUAUCUCUGUGAGCCACCUGUGGUCUCAGCUGAGCACACAGCUAGGCGUGCAUGUCCCAGGCUGGCACGAGGCUGGCUGCGGGGCUCAUGUUGUAAUCUAGUGAACAGCAGCAGAGGCAGGGGAUGGCAGGGGCCAGCCCACAGCAGGCUGGGGCAGUGCAGUUCUCAGCACUGCAGUGAGCCUGAGUUUACACUGGCCACAGCCCACGUGGGGCUACAGGCCAGCCUGAGCUCCCAGCAUGCCCAGCAUGGUGGGAUGGCCACACAGUGAAGAAAGUGGCAAUGGGGAGCCAGCCUGGGUUGUAACUGGGGCAGAUGGGAACUUUGCAAACUCUCCGCAGGGGGGGCCCUGCUGCCACCGUGCUGCAGCUCUGCGAGAU